UACUGCAUAUGACAUGCACAAAAAUAUUCAGCUCUCAAGAAGUCACAUCUCUUGCAUCUUCAACCAACAUGUUCCGAAACAUCCUUGUUGCUUCUUUCAUCAUAACCACAGCCUGUGCAAUGCACCUGGAGUACCUGAAAGUUGAUUCUGAGGAACUCCUUGAUGGAACUUUGAUUUCAGCCACUUCCAGUGGUUCUGUUGAUCAGGAUGAGGAUUUGCUGAUGCCUGAGGAGCAGAUCCCUGGUCUGUGUUACAUUUGUAAGCGCAUCAUGGAGAAAGUAAAACAUCAUUUUGGUACCCAUGAAAAUGCGGAAAAGAUCAAAAGAAGAUUGUCAAGACUCUGUGACAAAUUGGGACCUGUAAAAACAAUCUGUAAGGAAAUGGUUACUAAGAACAUUGAUAUAUUGGUGAAGGAGCUUUCUACUAAUGAUGAUCCAAAAACAAUGUGUGCUAAAGCUGGACUUUGCAAGUCAGUUGGUGAGCCAGAACUGGUCCAAGCUAUUCUACAAAACCUUUAAGAAAACUUUAAGAAGAUGCACACAUUGCAAGAAAUGAAUAAAACAAGAACUAGAUGUUAAAAAUGUACAUGUUUGGUCGUUCUUGUACAUGUUUGGACAUCAUUCUGUGCUAAUAAAAUAUUUUCAAAAGCAAUAA